GUCCAUCUUGUUGAUUUUCCCCACGUCUCUUCUACUUGUGCAUCACUCCGACUCGACAGACGAUAGCAAGCAUGGGCCUCAGCCAGACCCAGAAGGACUUGAUUGCGGGGUCCGUGGGCGGGAUGACCCAGGUUAUUGUGGGCCAGCCCUUUGACAUUGUCAAAGUCCGCGUCCAGACCGCUGCCCCUGGGACAUUCAGCUCGCCGCUCGACUGUGCGACCAAGCUGCUGAAGAACGAAGGGCCAUUGGGGUUCUACAAAGGCACGCUCACCCCGCUCCUCGGUAUUGGCGCGUGUGUGUCGAUCCAGUUCGGCGCGCUCGAGUGGGCCAAGCGCUUCUUCGCGGGCCGGAACGGCGGCAAAGAGCUGUCCCUCUCCGAGCUGUACGCGUCCGGCGCGAUCGCCGGCGCGGCGAACACCAUCGUGGCAGGGCCGGUCGAACACAUCCGUAUCCGCUUGCAGACGCAGCCGUCCACCCCGCGCCUGUACAACGGGCCCCUGGACUGCGCGCGCAAGCUGUACGCGCAGAACGGCAUCGCGGGCGUCUUCAAAGGCCAGGGCGCGACGAUCGUCCGUGACGGCCUCGGCUACGGCUUCUACUUCCUCGCAUACGAGGCGCUCGUGCAGCGCCACAUCCGCAAGAACGGGGGCUCGCGCGAAGACAUCGCGCCCCUCUGGUCGCUGAGCUACGGCGCGCUCGCGGGCUACGCCCUCUGGGCGUCCAUCUACCCCAUCGACGUCGUCAAGUCCAAGCUGCAGACCGACAGCCUGGACCCCGCGAAGCGCGUGUACGCGUCCAUGGCGGACUGCUUCCGCAAGACGUGGCGCGCACAGGGGUGGCGCGGCUUCACGGGUGGCCUGGAGCCCACGCUCAUCCGUUCGCCGUUCGCGAACGGCGCCACGUUCGUCGCGUUCGAGCUCGCGAUGCGCGUCAUGGGCAACGGGAAGCACGAGCACCCCAUGCUGCCGGACCCGACGGCGUAGCAGGCCGAGGCGUAUGGACGAUAUGCAUAGAGUGUACGAUAG